AUGGCAAAUGGUGUUGCUGCAUCGGCUGCAUCGAGCUAUGCAAUUCUUCUUCUCUCUCUGAGUUUCAUUGCAUCUUUUGCGGAAGAGACAGCUAUAUAUUUAGUUUUAAUGGAAGGAGAAGCAGUAGCAUUCAAUGGCGAUAGUCUACUUCGCCAACAUGGCAGAAAAUUUGACCCCAGGAGUGAAGCUUCCAAGGUUCAUGAAAAGAAGCUGGUAGACUCUCACGAUCAAGUUCUGCAGAGCACUCUAGAGACUGGAAGCUAUAACAAGCUCUACAGCUUCACAAACGUUCUUAAUGGCUUUGCUGUCCACACUGCACCUUCUCAGGCUACGCAACUAAAACAUGCACCGGGAGUAAAGCUGGUGGAGAGAGAUAGAGGAACCAAAUUGAUGACUACCUACACCCCUCAGUUCUUAGGGUUACCUGAAGGAGUGUGGGCAAAGGAAGGAGGAGAGAGAAACGCAGGAGAAGGGAUUGUUAUUGGUUUCGUCGACACAGGCAUCAACCCAUCACACCCAAGCUUUGUUUAUGACUUAGUCAAUCCUUUCACGUCCAAUAUUUCUCAUUUCUCUGGUGCAUGCGAGACGGGUCCUAAAUUCCCACCAUUUUCUUGCAAUGGUAAGAUAGUUUCUGCCAAGUUCUUCUCAGCUGGAGCUCAAGCAGCUGCUUCUCUCAACGCUUCAGUGGACAUUCUUUCACCGUUUGAUGCCGUUGGCCAUGGAAGCCACGUGGCAUCAACUGCAGCUGGAAAUGCUGGGGUCCCUGUGGUUGUGAACGGCUUCUACUAUGGGCGAGCCAGUGGGAUGGCACCGCGUGCACGAAUUGCUGUUUACAAGGCUAUCUAUCCAACAGUGGGAACGCUUGCGGAUGUGGUUGCAGCCAUUGAUCAAGCAGUAUCAGAUGGAGUCGAUAUCUUGACGCUCUCCAUUGGACCAGAUGAGCCACCACAAGAUACAGUCACAUUCUUGAGCAUGUUCGACAUAGCCAUGUUAUUGGCACGAAGAGCUGGGGUUUUCGUGGUGCAGGCUGCUGGAAAUCAGGGUCCGGGUCCUUCAACAGUGGUGUCUUACAGCCCUUGGGCUGUCGGUGCAGCCGCUUCCAGGACAGACAGAAGGUACAUUGGUUCUCUUCUCCUAGGAAAUGGUCAAAAUAUUUCAGGUGUGGGGUUAACAGCUCCAAGUUUAGGAAAUGGAUCAGUACUCCAUAAGCUGGUGCUGGCUAAGGAUGCAGUCAAUUUACAUGGAGCAUUCCCAAGGACUCCACCGUAUGUUGAAGAGUGCCAAUACCCAGAAGCAUUGGACCCUAAUGUAGAGGGUAGUAUCGUUAUAUGCACUUUCUCGGCUGGCUUCUACAACGAGACAUCCACCCUGUCAGCCAUCAUUGACACAGCAAGAACUCUUGGAUUCACGGGUUUUGUUCUAGUAGCAAAUCCAAGCUACGGUGACUUCAUUGCGCAACCAAUUCCCUAUUCAGUUUCUGGCACUUUGAUUCCAAAAGUAGCAGAUGCUAAGAUUGUAUCUCAAUAUUAUGAACAACAAACAUAUAGGGAUGCAGGAGGCUUCGUGAGAGAGUUCAAUGCAAGAGCUGCUAUAGGAAGCGGCAGAGUUGCUUCUUUUUGUGGGCAAGCACCCAUUGUUAGCAGAUUCUCUUCAAGGGGACCAGAUUUCAUUGACAUUAACAAGGACCCUGCUGAUGUGCUAAAACCAGAUAUUCUUGCACCAGGACAUGAAAUUUGGGCAGCUUGGAGCCCCAUGAGUGCCCUGGAUCCCAUUCUGAGCGGAUACAAUUUCGCUCUACUGUCUGGUACAAGCAUGGCUGCCCCUCAUGUUGCCGGAAUAGCAGCACUAAUUAAGCAAAAGUAUCCUUCCUGGACUCCCUCAAUGACAGCAUCCGCAAUCUCUACCACAGCCUCCAAGUUUGAUAAUAACGGAGAGCUUAUAAUGGCCGAAGGAUCUGAUAUUGGAAGCUUGUAUUCCUCUACUUACUUUGAUACUGGCGCUGGCUUUAUUAGUCCAAGUCAUGCUAUGGAUCCAGGUUUAGUAUUGUCAUCAGAAUUUGAAGAUUACAUCAGUUUUUUGUGCUCAAUCCCCAACAUUGAUCGGUUUGCAAUCAGAGCUGCCACUGGAGUGUGGUGCAGUCAGUCCCUUGGCCUCCCAGCUAACCUGAACCUACCGUCAGUGACAAUAUCUGCACUUGAAAGAUCAGUAACAGUGAGGCGGAGUUUCAAGAAUGUAGCCAAACCAGAGACGUAUGUCAGCUCAGCCAUACCACCAAAUGGGACGACAAUCACCUUGAAUCCACCGUGGUUUGCUAUAGCCCCAGAAGAAACCCAGGAUUUGGACAUAGAAAUCAAGGCGAUCCAAUCAACCAACCAGUUCAGCUUCGGUGAAAUUAUAUUGACAGGAAGUUUGAAUCACAUUGUGAGAAUACCAUUAGCGAUUAGGCCAGUGUCAACUGUUUAA